AUGUCUUCCUUUGACUUUCCUUACCUUUGCACUGUCCUUUUGGGUCUCCCGCUCCCUAUCAAUGACCCCCCACUCUUUGAUUUCCGUCAUUAUUCACCCUCGGAGAGCUCCCUGGAGCGAGUUGAGUCAAUUAAUGGCGCUGUGAACGCCGAUUUGGAGAAUAUCCUUGGACUCAAAGUCCAGGGAAUCACUCUUACUGAAAGCGGACCCGGCAUUGCUGCAUUGGCUGAUCUGCUUGAGAAGUACAUUGGAAUGUUCCCAGACGAUUCUGUCCUCCAGCUCUGGUGCCCAGCUAUCCUGUCAGCAGCGGAGAGCGCGUACAACGCCUCUAACAAGCCACUUCCCAUUCGCGAAACCACGCAUACAGCUUCCUCCAAAGCUCCAUUACCUGCCUUUUCUCCCUCAAAGGGUUCCCGCAAGCGAGCCGCUCCUACUGAAACUGUCGACAAGAGCCAUCUGGGCGCUUUGGUUACUUCUCAAAAGCGCCCAGCAAAGAAACAGAAGACUUCAAUUACCUAUGUGCCUCCUUGGAUUGAUAUCCCGGAGUCAGUUCCAUCUUCUGGCCGUCCUUUUGACCCUCUGGCUCGCCAGCUAUCCCCGCUCUGCUAUGAUUCCCGAGACCAAGACCAGCUUAAGAAGCACCGCUGUAUUGGAUCUACGAAGGGCUGCUCUUUCAGUUGGGCGACCCCUCGCAACCGAACACGCAUAUAA